CCCGUCGCCAAGGACGCUAUAGCGGCGAAGCUCAGCUCGGACCACGAUGUAAACCAACUGCUCGGGAGACCCACGGAAACAUGGCUACGGUAAAGGCUGUCGCCCCUCAGGAACCCGAGAGACAGACUCAGGGGGACGGGGCCAAAGGUGACGGGAAGCGCAGGGUGAGGAUUCGCCAUUCAUCUGACUCCCAGGCCUAUAUCCGGGGCCCCCGACACCCGUGGGAGAUAAACGGGGAGUCAGACCAGAACCGGAAGACCCUGAGUGAACACUAUGAAGGGCCAGUUUCCGGCCGGGAGGGCUGGUGGAGGUGCUACAUCCGGGAGACGCCGAAACCAGGCAGCUAUCAGUCCUCAUCCUUCGUAGACGAGCUGAAGCAGCGCCCGAACACAUACAGGUUCAAGUCCGAUGGCCGGAAGGUCGACCCGCACCCUCACGGGAAGGGCGCCACCCUUUUACCUGGAGCCUAUGAGUUCCCAGACUUCAUUCAUGGGUCUGAAAAGAAACCGGCUACUUACAACUUCAAGGCUGCGGGGCGGGACGCCUUUGAUGUCCUCAAUUUUGGUCUGAAGGACAAAGACGUGAACGUGUCUCCAACGGCAUACGGCACCGAGCAGUACAUGACCAUCUCCGGCGAAAGAGCCCCUUCCAAGCAUUUCAUGUUCAAGUCUCAGUCCAGGAGGUUUCCCACCACCUACUUCCGACCAAGAGACGGACCAGGGCCUGGCAUGUACGAUGCAAUGUCCCAGAACCCCCCUCCCAGCGUCUCCUCCAGUUUCAGAUCAAGGACGCCACGGUUCUCCUCCUCCCACACGAAAAUCCCUGGCCCGGGAACAUACGACAAGACCUUCCAGCACCCGAUGAAACCGACCAUCAGCAAGAUGGGCAGGCAAUAUGGACUGUUCUUCACCAGCGCGUUCCAGGCGUGAUUGUGUCCAAACACUAUUCCAUACAUCAGUUAUCGUUCUGUACACAGUAUCCCAUGCACUAUUUAUAGAAACUGGAUUCCAUACAGCUUACAU